CGAGAAGGGUUUUCCAAGUUCAACAAGAUCUACGAAUACGACUACCAGAUGUUUGGCCAGAACGUUACUAUGGUGAUGACAUCCGUGUCGGGACACUUACUGGCUCAUGAUUUCAGGCUGCCCUUUCGCAAAUGGCAUAGCUGCAACCCUCUAGCUCUUUUUGAUGCUGAAAUUGAGAAGUAUUGCCCUGAAAAUUACGUGGAUAUCAAGAGAACUCUGGAACGAGAAGUCCAGCAGUGCCAAGCUCUGGUGAUCUGGACUGACUGCGAUCGAGAAGGAGAGAACAUCGGCUUUGAGAUCAUUCACGUUUGCAAAGCUGUAAAGCCAAACCUCCAGGUUUUCCGAGCCCGUUUCUCAGAGAUCACGCUUCACGCUGUCCGAACGGCCUGCGAGAACCUCACCCAACCCGAUCAGAAAACGAGCGACGCCGUCGAUGUCAGGCAGGAGCUGGACCUCAGGAUAGGUGCUGCCUUUACCAGAUUCCAGACACUCAGGCUCCGGAAGAUCUUCCCCAAUAUUUUAGCGGAUCAGCUGAUCAGCUACGGUAGCUGCCAGUUCCCCACGCUGGGGUUUGUAGUUGAACGCUUUAAAGCCAUCCAGGCCUUUGUUCCCGAAGCCUUCUAUAAAAUCAAAGUGACACAUGACCAUGAAGAUGGCAGCGUGGCCUUCAACUGGAAGAGGAACCGGCUCUUUAAUCACACAGCGUGCCUGGUCCUUUACCAGAUGUGUAUGGAGGAUCCGGUAGCAACGGUGGUUGAGGUUGGGAGCAAGCCAAAGAGCAAAUGGAGGCCCCUGCCCCUGGACACUGUGGAACUCGAGAAGCUGGCUUCCCGCAAGCUGAAAAUAAACGCAAAGGAAACCAUGAGAAUAGCAGAAAAACUCUAUACUCAAGGGUUCAUUAGCUACCCCCGAACCGAGACCAACAUCUUCCCCAAGGAGCUGAACCUCUCUGCCUUAGUACAGCAGCAAACACAGGACCCAAACUGGGGAGCGUUUGCACAGAGGAUUUUGGAUCGGGGUGGGCCAACCCCUCGGAGUGGAACCAAAUCAGAUCAGGCUCACCCUCCCAUUCACCCCACAAAAUACGCUGCUAACCUGCAGGGCAGCGAGCAGAGACUGUACGAGUUCAUCGUGCGCCAUUUCUUGGCGUGCUGCUCCGAGGAUGCCAAGGGACAGGAAACGACCGUGGAGAUCGACAUCGCUAAUGAGCGAUUCAUUGCUCAAGGACUAAUGAUCCUGGCCCGAAAUUAUCUGGAAGUCUAUCCUUACGAGAAGUGGAGCGAUAAGGUUAUCCCACUCUAUCAGAAAGGGUCUCGCUUUCAGCCCACUACGGUGGAGAUGGUGGAUGGGGAAACCAGCCCUCCAUUGCUCCUCACAGAAGCGGAUCUCAUUGCUCUCAUGGAGAAACAUGGCAUUGGGACCGACGCCACUCACGCCGAGCACAUCGAGACGAUUAAGACGCGGAUGUACGUGGGCCUGACGGCGGAUCAGCGGUUCCUGCCAGGCCACCUGGGCAUGGGGCUGGUGGAAGGCUACGAUUCCAUGGGCUACGAGAUGUCCAAGCCUGACCUCCGAGCUGAGCUGGAGGCUGAUCUGAAACUGAUCUGUGAGGGGAAGAAAGACAAAUCUGCAGUGUUGCAGCAGCAGGUCCAAAAGUACAAGCAAGUCUUCAUCGAAGCUGUGGCCAGAGCCAACAAGUUGGACCAGGCCCUGGCUCAGUAUUUUGGAGAAGCCACAGAAAUCGCAGAGCAAGAGGAGGUGUACCCAGCAAUGCCCGUCUCCGUUCGGAAGUGCCCACAGUGCAACCACGACAUGGUCCUGAAGACCAAGAAGAACGGCGGGUUCUAUCUCAGCUGCACGGGCUAUCCAGCUUGUAAAACUGCAGUCUGGUUUCCCGAUUUUGUGCUGGACGUGGCCAGGGACGAGAGCGUCUGUGCUGUGUGUAAACCCCAUCCAGUUCACAGACUGAAGUUUAAAUUCAAGAGAGGCAGCGUUCCACCCAUGAUGCCCCUGGAGUUUGUUGGUUGCGUCGGAGGCUGCGAUGAGAUGCUAAAAGAGCUCCUGGACCUCAAGUACUUGCACAGGUCGUCCCAACCCGCCCCGCCGGCCAGCCAGCAAGCUCAUCACUUACAGAUCCACAACUCCUUCAGCAGAGCUAGUGAGGAGAACAGGCACGUGAGGGGGACCACAACCCUGCCGCCAGGACAUCUACGGUCCUUGAGCUCCACGAGAACGCCCCGGCCUGCUCCUCCGGCUGCUCCAGAGGACGGGAACAACGCCGUGGUGUGCAACUGCGGGAAGGAAGCCCUGCUGCUCACCGUGCGCAAAGAAGGGCCCAACCAAGGCAGGAGGUUUUACAAGUGCGGCACCAGCGCCUGCAACUUCUUCCUCUGGGCCGAUCAGCGGCCGGAGGACGGAAGCACCGCGACUCCGCGGGACUCUGCGCUGCCCCAGCCCUUUGCAGGAAGGGCCCCAGCAGGAUUUCGGCGCCCAGGAGGAGGGAGAGGCCCAGAGCUCUUUGAAAGCAGCGGCUCCGAGGCGGGAGGCGGCACAGUCUGCCAGUGCGAGCAGCCAGCUGCCACACGUACCGUCCAAAAGGACGGCCCCAACAAGGGGCGGCAGUUCCACACCUGCUCGAAGCCCCGCGAGCAGCAGUGUGGCUUCUUCCAGUGGGCAGAUGAAAACGUGGCACCAGGGCCUUCUGGAGACGUCUCUUUGAACCACUUUGGCAGCAGUGGAUACUCAAGAGGGUUAGGAGUUAAAACCAAGAGACCAAGCAGCCUCUCCUCGGAAGCCACUGCCAAGAAACCACGGACCUGUAGCAUUUGCCACCAGCCUGGCCACACGAGGAAAAACUGCCCUCAAAACCUCUGA